CAUGGCUUUACAAGAACCACGCUGAGUGAGCAGCAUCCAUUGUAUCGCAACGCGCUUUUCGGAAAUACCAGACUAGUUUCCCAGUUGCAACAGAAAGUGGUUUGCCGAACGGCACGUCCAUCAGAUCGAAUAAGGCCUACUGGUGUACCUCCGCACGUUCAUUUGAUGGUAUCGAUGGAGCAGCCAUCGGCGCAGCUACAGCAGCUAUCAUUGUCGGUUAGUGAGCUGGCGCCCACUGUGGUGCAGUUGAUGAGAGAAGAAAUGUCCCUCCAAAUGGCUACACAAAACCUGACUCUUACGAACUCAAGAUUGACGCGAGCACCUGCUGAUUUUACUAUUCCCAGCAUGUCGUUAAGGUGUGCUUGGGAGCACUGGUGCUGUGGUGACCCAUCUGGGCGAAUUGGUCCAUAUCGCUUCCUGCAGUGGCAGGACCUUUCCACUUGUGGGAAGCGGAAGACGCUCUCAGCCUAUCGG